GAUUUUUUCACGAUGAGAGUUCCUCUAGCAGGACUCGUUACCGGUUGGAUGGCUACACUACCAGUUGGCCGAUAUAUUACUGCUCUUUACAUGCUAUCAUUCUAUUUACUUUACUUGGUUAUGUACUCUGCAACUGUUCUGGCAACAAUAAGAGCAAUCGUUAUUUGCUCAUCGAAUGGAGGCGAUGAGAUGGUCAAACGACUACUUCCCGUAUUUUUUCUGGCUAUUUAUCUACUACCGAUACUGACAACAUGGUUCCUUUAUCCAGCAGUGACCUAUAUAAGAAUGGAUUCCAGGGUUUUACCUGGUUACGGAGCAACUUUCGAUUACGUGAAAGUUUAUCCAAAU